AUGCACGAGCUCACAGCCCACCUGGUGCCAUGUAGUUAUUGGGCCCCACAGACAUCCACAACGCAAACGCGUCAUCCACCCCGAGACACAAGUUCCAAGGUCUUAGCACAGCUACAACCGCUGCCCCACCAUUCAAACCGAAAUACACACUGCUUCACGGCAGAAAUAGGCAUGGUGAUGGUACCCGUGCGGUCGAUGGCACUAUACGGAGCACCCGUCUGGUGCCACGUCCUUACCCAUGAGAAAGUCGCCGCGCUGCGACGCCGGCAGCGCGCGAUCGUAGUCAGAGUCAUUCAAGGAUACCUCACAGUCUCCUACGAGGUGGCGCGCCCUAGCGCAAGUGUAGCCGGAGCGCGGGGGCUCCAAUCUCGGCAGUCCGUGCUAGAGGCGUGGUCUCGUCGUUUGGCGGACCCGUCGGCCGGCCUCCGUACCGUCGAGGCGAUCUGCCUGGUUCUCGCGGACUGGGUAGGCCGCGACCGCGGAAGACUCACCUCCGGCUACCUGUGCAGACUCACAAGACUUUUUACCACCACGCAAACUUUUUACCACAGCAAAUCUUACCAGCCACCACGCAAACUACAAUUUUGCGGGUUCCACCUCUCCUACACGAUGUUACUCCCACACUGCGGAAGCCAACCGCAAACACUUGUCAAGCACGCACAAGCACGCACUUCACCAAAAAAACUUGCAUCCGCCAGCGGGACCCGAACCCCGCCGCAUCGCCAGACACGAACGCACCGGACGUCUUAUCUUACAGGUCACGACGACUUCAGAUGUGUCAAUUUUUCUUCCCCACGGAAACUUGCUUGCUUUCUUGUUUGCUUGCUUGUUGUGAAAUCCGCGACAAUGAGCUAUGCACCAUCCAGUAGACGUUCAUCGAGGUACAUAUCAACCGUAGCGCACCAAACACGUGGAUCGGCAUCUGUCUGUUCCCGAUGAAUUUCCGACCCGUGAUCUCAGAUACCGUUACUGGUAUUCUGAUCUGCAUCAUGUUUUUUCGCUGUACUUCGAACAUGUUCAAACACGUCACGCCAGUGAGAGUAGAGUCCUGAUCCCGCUUCUGAUGUCGACGGCAGCGCCACCAGGGAUGGCUAAGCGGUAGUUUCCGUCAUCACUCGUAUUCGAUUGAACGUCAAUAAAACUUUUUGAAUAAUAGUUAUUGAAACUCAACACACACAACUUUCACAAUGACAGGAUAAACCGACAGUUUCGUUGCACAUACCGACAGACCGACUGACUGACUGACUGACUCACUGACUGAGACGAACCGACCGUCUGAUACGGACUGAAUGACUGUCUGACACGGAAUGCCACGACUCUGUCCACGUACCGCCAUUUUAUACUGUGGCGCCACGUAGUGUACCCUACAUUUUGUGACAUUUAUCAACACAACAUUUCAUCAUUUAAAAUAAUAGUCAAAACAACUUCUUAAUAUUACUAAAAGUCGUUAUCCACGACACGGCCAUUCUGACACGUCACACGUCCUCGUGUGAUGGUUAACCUACAAUCAAAAACAUCCACGAGAACACUUGUUCCGCUCGAUCACUCCUGACUAUACUUUACGACUUAUCGGAAAAUUUAAAAGUCAUCAAAUAAUUUUUAUUCUAAACACAAAUUCUAUAACGACAUUGAAAGAUUACACAAACGGAAAUAAGUGAUUUACUACUGCUGCAAGUUCUCCCCAUACAAUUCAUGUACACAGUAACUAAGUCAUCCCUGUGACUACAAGUGUUCAAUGAUAGUCAUCCCUGUGACUACAAGUGUUCAAUGAUAGUCAUCCCUGUGACUACAAGUGUUCAAUGAUAGUCAUCCCUGUGACUACAAGUGUUCAAUGAUAGUCAUCCCUGUGACUACAAGUGUUCAAUGAUAGUCAUCCCUGUGACUACAAGUGUUCAAUGAUAGUCAUCCCUGUGACUACAAGUGUUCAAUGAUAGUCAUCCCUGUGACUACAAGUGUUCAAUGAUAGUCAUCCCUGUGACUACAAGUGUUCAAUGAUAGUCAUCCCUGUGACUACAAGUGUUCAAUGAUAGUCAUCCCUGUGACUACAAGUGUUCAAUGAUAGUCAUCCCUGUGACUCUAAUCAACAGUCAUCCCUGUGACUCUAAUCAACAGUCAUCCCUGUGACUCUAAUCAACAGUCAUCCCUGUGACUCUAACAACAGUCAUCCCUGUGACUAAUCGACAGUCAAUCAACAUUCAUUGUUCUAGAGUACUUGCAGCAAUGUCAGUUUGAAGGUUCUGAAACUUUUUCAGUAUCACAUAUCGGUAAAAAUCUUUGGGGGUAUGGCACGCGAACUAUUAAAAGCUCAAGAGGGCUCACCCUUUUUAUACGUUGGAUAAAACAAUUUAAAAAAAGAUUUGCUUCUAGCACUUCUUGUCAAGAACAAUUCCAUGAGCUCAUCGCGAGCUUGGUCAUCAAUAACGCAAGUCUGGGCUUUGAUUAAGGACACUAGAUUUAAGUGUUCUAUUUCGCUGAAUGCUCAAUCUCAUUGAACCGAUUAAAACAACUAUCAGGUAGUACAUGACAUACAAUAGGUAAGUAAUAAACCAUCGCAUAGGAUUUGUUCUGUACAGUUUUGGGUCAAAACAACAGAAACCUUUUAUGAGAACCAUCGUAUAAAGAUUUCUCGACAAGAGAACAUUCGGUACCAGAUUCCAAAUAAAAAUAAAAACGACUCACCAGAUUUUCUCAUUUACCAAAAUACCAGAUGUUACGCAGCUACCGGCACGUCACGGCGUUGCUCCGCUGCUGCGUUGCUCGCGGCCGUCGAUGACAUCGCGCCAUCAAUUUGCCUCGGCGGCAACUCGUGGCAAUGUUUUUGCUUAGAUGCUUGGACUAUGCACGAGCUCACAGCCCACCUGGUGCCAUGUAGUUAUUGGACCCCACAGACAUCCACAACGCAAACGCGGCAUCCAUCCCGAGAUACAAGUUCCAAGGUCUUAGCAUAGCUACAACCGCUGCCCCACCAUUCAAACCGAAAUACACACUGCUUCACGGCAGAAAUAGGCAGGGUGAUGGUACUCGUGCGGUCGAUGGCACUAUACGGAGCACCCGUCUGGUGCCACGUCCUUACCCACGAGAAAGUCGCCGCGCUGCGACGCCGGCAGCGCGCGAUCGCAUUCAGAGUCAUUCAAGGAUACCUCACAGUCUCCUACGAGGUGGCGCGCCCUAGCGCAAGUGUAGCUGGAGCGCGGGGGCUCCAAUCUCGGCAGUCCGUGCUAGAGGCGUGGUCUCGUCGUUUGGCGGACCCGUCGGCCGGCCUCCGUACCGUCGAGGCGAUCUGCCUGGUUCUCGCGGACUGGGUAGGCCGCGACCGCGGAAGACUCACCUCCGGCUACCUGUGCAGACUCACAAGACUUUUUACCACCACGCAAACUUUUUACCACAGCAAAUCUUACCAGCCACCACGCAAACUACAAUUUUGCGGGUUCCACCUCUCCUACACGAUGUUACUCCCACACUGCGGAAGCCAACCGCAAACACUUGUCAAGCACGCACAAG